GGGAGGGCCAUGAAGCAAGACCAAACGUCGCCGUCGACGUAUUAUUCCGACGCGGAUUGUCUGUUCCUCGCUCCUUUUCGACGUCUCAGCGGCUCCCGGCGAACACGUGGCCUUCGUCAGGUCGCUCGUGAGUCGGUGAAGGUCGAGGAGCUCGUGGUGGGCGUGUGGUGAGGGAGGAGGGAGUGGAGGGGUGCCGUGGUCGCGAGAAUUACCAGUGAUUCCCUGUUUAUAUAGUGGAGCGAGGUUGUGUUGACAGCAAUUAUAAGCGAAUUGGUCCCCAACGAGGGAACGAUACUCAACGGUGCCAGCCAGGCCCCGCGGGUGCCAGUGUUACAGUGUGUGCUGAUGCAGUGCCAUCCGAGAGAGGGCCAAGUUUGCGUGGGAAAUGUGACGCACAAUGCACCAGCUCUGAAAUGUGUUGUUUUUUGUUUUGUGUGAAAAUAAGAGUGAUGACAACAGGACAUGAUUAAGAGUGACACGCUGAGUUCGUCGAUGAGUGUGACGACGCGAAGUGGCAGUGUGAUAUUCCGAAUUAUACUAGCGAGUGCGCCUGUGCUGUGUUUAUCGUGAUCGGUGCUUAAUUGGUAAUCUAAAUGGUAAUUAUUGACUCGAGGGAAUUACAUUUCAUUUGCUGCAAGGACGUUAAUCGUAUUGCAAGUGUCAUCGCACUGAGGAUGAGGCCGUUGAGCUGCGUCUCCAGCGGCAGGUGCUGAUCCCGACGACCCGCGAGUCCCGAGCGCGUGCCAGUGCCGCCGCCGCCCACGCCUGCCGCAGGUGAGGCUCAUGACAGUGCGGGGCAUGCUAGUGCAUCUCUGACAUCAUGCCAGACAGCGCCGGAGUAUCAGGCCCGUGCCACCAUGCCCCCGAGGAGGCCUUCCGGGGGGCGGAGCGCGGGCGGCCGCUCGGCCAGGAGCCGUGGGCGGACGAGCCCGGCGACGGCAGCGGCCCCGUGGGCGGUCGCCUGGUGCACGCCACCACGCACGUGCACACGACGCAGGUGCACACCACGCACGUGCACGGCGAGCACCGCCAGUUUGUGACGGUGGUCGCAGUAGACAAGGGCACGGAGGAGGCGGCCUCCCCGCCGCACCCGGACGACCUGACGACUUGCCACGCUUCGUGGGGCGCGACGCAGCCGGCCGCCCCGCAGCCCGCCCCGCGAGGCUUCGUCACGGUGGUGGCCGUGGGGAGCAACAGCGACGCCGCCAGCCUGCGCCUCCACCAGAGCGACGACGGCGCCAUCAACGCCAACCUGAGCGUGCGCCUGGCCCCCCCCGAUGCCGCCCACGCCGACUAUGUCAACCAGGAGGUGAUCGAGCGCGAGCUGGACGGCAGGGAGCGGCAGGCCCGCACCGCGACGGCGGAAGGCGCCGCCCUCUCCAUAGUGCCAGACCAGGUGGUGGUGUACCGCCUGCCGGGGGAGCGGCUGGGCCUCGGCCUCAAGUUCGACGGAGGGAUGGGCGCGCGGGAGUGCGUCCGCCGGCUCUUCAUCCAGAGCGUGGCGCCGGACUCGCCGGCGGCGCGCGCGGCCGUGCCCUGGGGCGAGCUCCAGCCCGGCGACCAGAUCCUCAACAUCGAGGGCAACCCCGUGUCGUCCAUGACGCGCGUGCAGUGCGUGUCUUUCCUCAAGGACGCCGCCAUGAAGAUCACCAUCGGCGUGCUCAAGGGCAACGGCCACCUCCCGGAUUUCGAGAACGCUCAGCCGGACACGAACUUCGCUCACAGGAAGGAGGACGAAGAGGAAGAGGCGGAGGAUGACGAUGACUCGGGUCGCCCUCCGCCCCUCAUCGUCGGGGAGAUGAGGAAACGCGUGCCCCCGCCCCCUCUCCCCCCCAGGUCUCGUCCGAGGAAGUCCCCGGCGCGGCCCCCAAAGGAGGCGCCCCCAGUGCCCCCUCCCCCGAGCGGAUUCCAGGAUCUGGAGGGCGGAAGGCUGGCGGGGAAGCAUUCCCGUAUGGUGUCCGAGGGCGCGGAGGAUCCUGAGGACAAGGACCAGGCCCUGCAGGGGUGGCGGGACAUCAUCCUGUCGCAGCGGAGGUGCCCCGGGGAUCUGGAGGAGCUGCUGGAGGACCUGGAAUUCAGCAUUCCUGGCUCGUGGAACACCAGACGGCUGAUGGAGUCCCAGGACGGGGACAUGCCGCCCAGACCUGCCUUCUACCUGGACCUGGUGGGCGAGGAGGACGCGGCGGGGCCCUGCGAGAGCGAGAGCGACGAGACUAACAGCUCGGUGUCGACCGUGAUCGACCGCCUCUCCUUGUCCUCCUCGACGACCGUCUCGAGGAAUUCGUCGUUCAACACUCCGGCCGACGUUUCCAGGUUCGACCUGGCGCGCGCGCUGAGCCCCUUCGAGCAGCUCGAGAAGGAGCUGGAGACUGAGGCCCGGCCGGAGCAGCAGCAGCCUUUGGCGCCCUCCACGGCCCCCCGUGACGAGACCGUGUCGGCCCCGCCCAUCGACCGGAGCACCAAACCUGCCUCCACCGCGGCCGAGGCGCCCUCCGCCCCCGAGGCUCAGAGCGGGUCUGACGCCAAGGAGAAGACCGCGACGCCGCCGCAGAAGAGCAAGCUGCGGCCGUCCAUCAAGGCGUUCUCGUUCAGCCUGAAGGGCCGGCCGUUCUCGUGGCACCAAGGGAAGGCCAGUUCCGAGCGGGAGAGCCGAGCGGCCGGACGCAGCGAGCCGUUCCUGUCCCUCAAGCGGUCGGGCAAGCGUCCAGCGCCUCCCCCGCCCCCGCGCUCCGUCGAAUCGGGAAGCUCUGCCACCAGCAGCUCCCCCGUCGUUGCCGCCGGCAGCCCCCCGGAGGCGACCAUCAAAGAGCCCCAGUCCGAGGAGGAGGACAGCGACGACGAACUCGUCUCCGACUCCGACGACUCCGACAACUACGUCGACCUCGUGGCCGAAGCCGCCGGCCAGGGCGCCGACGACGAGCCGGACGCGCCCUUCAGCAUCUCGUGCGACAAGAGGGAGACCAUAAAACGGGUGGCGGCGGCAGACGCGCAGCCGCCGGUGCCGAACAUCUCACCGGAGUACCUCUUGAUUCUGGAUUCCCCCGCGGGCGAUGACGUCCUCGACGAAUUCCCCGACAGCGUGAAGGGCAGCGCCGAGGGGGCGGGCGAGGGAGAAACGCCCUCGGUGUGUGAGGCCAAAAACGACGCGUGCAGCGCUGCAGAGCAGGAGUACAUUGAACUGAUCUCCGUGUCACCUCAGGGCCAAGUGGAGUUAGCCACGGACUUGGGCGGGAGCGAACUGUUGCGGGUACGAGGGCCGCCUCAUAUAUCAGCGACGUCGGAAGAGUCGAGCGACGUCGGUGGUGAUAACCUCGAGGAAGUGCACGGUUCUGGGAUCUCAGGGCAGACUCGAGCGCAAGGGUCGGGUGAGGGCGAACAGGAGGAGUGCGCGAGUGACUCAAAAAUAUCAUUAGCUCAUAGGGAAAGUGUCGGCGCAGCGGCGAGUGGAAAAGUUCGGCCGCAAUCAGCGUCGUCGAAAGGUGAAGAAAAAACUGUGUUUGUGCAAUCGGCAUCGACAAAAAGUGACGAAAAGCUUGAGAGCCAUAAAAGUGAGAUGAACGCAGAUGCGAGUGAAGCCUCUUUGGGGCAGGGGAGUGAAGUGGCUGCUUCCCAAAAGGCGUUAGAGGGCGAGGCGGCGGGCAAGGAGGCGGAGAUGAGCGAAGCAGAGGCGGGCGCGAGAGGAACGAAGGACAGUGCGGAGAAAAUGGAGGCGGAGGACAGCGAGGGAGUGGAGGGGUCCCUGGGCGGCGCAGAAGGCGAGGACGCGAUGCCGAGCGACCUGCAGGACAGCUUUGGCACGUCGGAGACCAUCUACGAGUUCGAGGACGACGACGGCUACAGCUACGUCACCGACAACGGGUCCGAGUUCUCCGGCGGCUCCUCCGAGGGCUUCCUGACUUGCUCGUCGCCAAAGGUCUCGGCGGCCGAGCUGCCCUCCAGCGACGGCCUCCCCUCAGAGCUGAGCGAGGAGGACGACCUGGGCCUCUACGAGGACCUGUACACUGACUGCUACGCCGUGGAGGACGCCCUCGAGGCCGCCAGGGCUACGACGCCCGGCCUCGGCAGGAGCCUUGUGCCGGAGAGCCGGAUGCUGCCGAGCGUCCCCGAGGAGGAGAGCGGCGAGCAGGACUCCCGCGGCGAGGACCUCGACGCCCUCUACGACGACGUGGCGAGUGAGGUCAAGGAGGACGCCGGCCAGGGCGUGGCCCCGCGACGCGUGAGCGCGGAGGGGGGCGCGCUGGCCGAGGCGGCGAGCGAGCGGGCGGGGCUUAGCAAGACCAUCACGCAGUGCUUCAAAGCCAAGCGCCUCCGCCAGGAUCUGAGCGACAUCAUCAGGAAGGAGCUGCGCCUCGAAGGGGACGUGUCCGUGGAGGUGGAGGAGGAGGAGGAGGUUGAGUCCCUGGUAGAGUGCGACAACGAGGAAGAGCUCCUCCUCGUCAUGAGGGCGCUUCGCCAGGACCAGCCCGGGGACCAGCUCAGGUGGCUCGAGGACGAGAGCGACGAGGACGACGCCGCCGGAGGAGCGGGCGGCGGAGGCUUCCCUGAGGGCCAGGGAGAGCCCGAGGGAGGGGGGCGAGACCCCUCCGGCCCGGGUGAACGGGAGGACCCCCCCGGGACCACUAACGACUUCCCUCCGCCCUCCGCCGCGCCCGGAGGUCAGGGCGCUCCCGAGGACACCACGGCUACGGCGGCGGCGCGUGCCCUGAGUGGCAGGGCCCAGGGAGGGGGGUCUGGGUCCCCGUCCGGGCGGGCCCCCCCCUCCCCCGCCGCUGGCCAGAGCCCGGCCGCCUCGACCCUCGCUCGCCACAGUCUGCCACGGGGCACUCACCGUCACCCACGCCCGCCUUCCCUCGCUGCCCCGCGCCACCUUCCCUCCCGCCCACGCCCCGCCCGCGACGCCCACGGGGCCGAGUGCCGUGCCAGUGACCGAGUGCCGCCGUGCGAGGAAGCGCAGUUCGAGUACGAGGAGGAGCGUUCGUACGAGGAAAUCUUCGACGAGUUCGAGGACGAGCGCGAGAGCCCGGACCGUGCCGCUAGUGUCGCGCGCGCGUGCCAUGACCAGGCGCUGGUGCCAGUGACAGCCCGACACGCGAGCCAGGCCGACGGCGCCUCUGACAGUGCCUUAGACAGGGACGGCGAAGCGAUGGUCGCGAGGACGCCCCCCACCGCCCAGUCCGGGAAGGCCCUGGCACCCUGCCCCCCCGACCAGCUGCAGGCGCUCUCCGCGCUCACGCUGCAGGUCAAGGAGGCGGCGGCGGACCCGUCAGGUGCCCUGCGACAGCCCGCCACCGGUGUCAAGGAGGUGGCACAGCCAGCCCCCGAGGGCGACGCCCCCGCCAGCUCGCCCGCCACGUCCUCCGAGGGCGAGGGCGAGCGGCAGGAGGAGCGGCACGAAGAAGGCCCUCCGGAAGACGCAGCCGAAGAGCCCGACUUCCCAACCCUCCAGUGGUGCACAGCGCUCGGGAUGCAUCAGGCGUGCCAACAGUCGCCGCAGAAGUCCCCAGAAAGGGCCUUGCCCGAGCUGCCUUAA